UAUGCAUGUAAACAAACGGUACGGGUACGGAGGAUUUUGCACACUGGGAGAAUGGAAACUGACGAAGGUGGAAUGACGAAUGGAUAAUGACAUAAUAAGUGCUGUUAAAACGUUUUCUCUUUUUACCCGACGACUUCAUUUUACCCAAGUUGAGUCUUUGAUCAAGAGACCUCGGCUGAGCUAACGUCCAGAAUGGGCAACGAGCAAUCGCAGUCCAAUUUGAGUACUCCGGGCGGGUAUACCCAGCAAGGCGUGCGUGUGGGCGCUCAUAGCGGCGUCCCAAACGACCCCGUGCCGUACGCAGGUAGUCCACUGCAGUACUGUUUUGUCAAUGUUGAGGCUACACUGAGAACCCAAGCAACAUUUUUCUCAGCCCCCAUCAUAACGACAAACAUCGAUGCCUACUACGGCAUCAUCUCCCAGCCUUACGCUCAGGGAUUUUCCAUGGUUCAGUUCCAGUCCAUCCCUGGAGUCCAGAGGCAAAAGGGAUUCGGCUACAAUGUCGCUAUGCCAUUCCAAGCUAUCCUGUCUCGACCGGUCAAUGCGCCACCGUCUCAGGAGCGAUGGCAGCUGAGGGUGGAGAAAAGUUUCCUGCAGACGCAGAUGAUACUUAAGUUUUUCACAACUCGGGAGACAACAGUGUCCGACACAUCGGACAUAUACCAGAAGAUUAACGCAGUCGCGUCGCAGGGUGGCCGUUUGAUCUGCGUCGAAAUCACCGGUUUCGAGAAAGGCCCCAGCUUUGGGCAGGCAAUGUCGGGACACCAGGGAGUCAAAGGCGUAGAUCUCUUCUUCAACAUGCCGCUGCACCCGAACCCUAAGAUCUACGUCUACCAAGCCAUCAGCGUACCGGUGCAGUUCAGGCUGACGUCUUCCUUUCCUCAGCCGCGCAUCCAGGUGCUGACAGACUUCAUGGGCCAGUUUGCCGCCUUCUUACAGAAGGGCUGGAAACUGGUGGAGAUCAACUUUGACAAUUCCCAGACGACAGAACCCGGUUUCUUCUCGGCGCAUUCCAGUAUGAACUCCAUCUGGUUCUUUGAGAAGGAAGCGUCUAAGAUGCACAGCGAGGUGCCAGAAUGGCAAGGCACUAUUGUGGAAUACGAACACAAAGUCUCGGCCUCAUUUGGUGGCACCCGAGCCAAGACCAACUGGGAUCCAGUGGUGAUUGAGAUGGGCCAGCGGGGCUGGGAGCUAGCAUGUCUGGUGGAGUCCCCCGAGACCUACACCACAGGAUUCUCAUCAGCGGCCAUAAAGGUCCUCAUGUUCUUCCAACGUCGUAUCCUGCGACCCGUGGGAGCUGGAGGGUUCGCCAUGCCCCCUCAGGGUGGGCAACCCCCUCCCCAGGGUGGUUAUCCCCAACCCCAGGGGGGUUAUCCCCAACCCCAGGGGAGUUAUCCCCCACCCCAGGGGGGUUAUCCCCAACCCCAGGGUGGUUAUCCCCAACCCCAGGGGGGUUACCCCCAACCCCAGGGUGGUUAUCCCCAACCCCAGGGGAGUUACCCCCAACCCCAGGGGAGUUACCCCCAACCCCAGGGGAGUUACCCCCAACCCCAGGGGAGUUACCCCCAACCCCAGGGGGGUAAUCCCCCACCCUAUCCAGGUCAGACCCAGGGAGGCUAUCCCGGAACUCCCCCACAGACUGGAAAAAAGUGAGUGACCUUUGAGAGAUUCCAGCGUCAAAAUUGUGAACUUUCCAGAGGAAUGGACACAAUCUUUGCAACUGGCUGAUGUACAUACAUGACAUAUCAUAGUAAUAUGCAGUAUUUUAAAAUAUCGGUAUCUUUGAAUCAGGCCCCCAAAAUAAAUUGUGUUGCCCUCACUCGACCAACCCAAAAAUCUGGAAAUAUCUCCGGUGGUCUCUUGUCUUUUUCACU